AUGCUUACUGAAAGCUUUCUUGCAGCCACUCUUACUGCAAAUAAAGUACCCGCUCACAUGAGCGCCGCCCUUAAAGAUGUAGGCAUCUUCCUCCAUGAGGUCCAGCCUCAAAACACCUUCCGACAAGGCUACAAGAAGAGUUCCACCCGACCCGGCUGUGUUGCCUUCAGUGAUUCACAUGUCUUCGCAGCACAAGCCGACAAAGCAGUGGUCAAUGUCUACAGUAGGGAUCGAGGAAAUCAGGAGGCAACCGUUCCCUUUCCUGAAAGAAUCCACAGUCUAGUGUUCGCUCGUGCAGCCUCAAUUCUGGUGCUUGGGACAGAAGGGGGAAAGUUGAUAUUGUGGGAGGUGUCAACUGGCAGAGUGACAACGUCCACUGCUGCCCAUCUUCAGCCGGUCUCUUCUCUAUGCAUAACUUCUAAUGACGAGUUCAUAAUCUCUGCAUCCGCUGACACGAGUGUUCACGUUUGGUCCCUAGCACGCCUCGUUUCUUUUAUGCAGCCCGGAGGAAGCUACAGGGCUGAAGAUACGUCGAAGUCACCGAUUCGGACAUUUUCUGGACAUAGGACGGCGGUUACUGCAGCUGCUUGCGGCCAUUCAGACAUCACAACGAACUUUGCAGUGACCUGCUCGGAGGAUGGCACUUGCUACAUCUGGGAUAUGGAGACUGGUCAGAUUCUUCGAACCUUACUACUCCCGACCGUGGCAAUGUGCAUCGCUGUUGAUCCCGCAGACAGAGUGGUCUAUUUCGGCUGCAAAGACGGGCAAAUUCAUGCCUGGGACAUCUUCCGACAGUCCGGGAAGAGUUCAAUAUCGAACCCUGAGUCAGCAGGAACGGCGCCUAUACAGAUAUUGACAAAGGACGCCUGGGCCGCGCCCGCGAAAGACAUCGGUGCUGCAAACUGCCUGACACUUUCCUACGAUGGCACCUCCCUUCUUUCAGGGCAUUCUAAUGGCGUGGUGAUUCGCUGGGAUGUUGCGAAACAUCGGAUUUUGAAUGAGGUGGCCAACCUUGUCCAGCCUGUUACGAACAUCGAAAUGCUCAAGCCUACUGGCUUCGCCAACCAGAAGAGGCCCGAAUAUACCAUCCUCAACGUUGUUAAACCAAACCUCGAGUUCACAUCGUCAUCAUCCGAGAUUGGAACCUGUGGUGUUUCUGCCAAAUAUCACCUCAACAUCAUGAUCAAUGAUCGGCUCUCUACAUCCAAGGACGACGACAUCGAGGCUGCUAUCACCGGCCCUGGGAUUCCUGGCAGCCUGCUCAACGAAGCUCUGCGUGAACUCGUAUCGGGAAGUGUAUCGGGCCAUUCUUCGUCUGUCGAUGACGCGCAAAAGUUCAAGGUUGAAAGUUUGGAAGAAGAAGUCUCCAAAUUAAAGCAGCAAAUAGCGGUAUUUCGUGACGUCGAGGGCAAAAGAAAGGAGAAACGGCUGAAGAGGAUGAUGAAAAGAGAGAACAUCGAUGCCAAGAUGAGAGAGGCAUACUUUGAAGCCGUGAAAAAGGGCAAAGACGGCGAUGCGGCAAUGAAGAAGUGGCAGCAGCAGAAAGCGACACUCGACGCCGAGAGUGACCAAGACUACCUUGCCGACAAAAUGGACCUUACGUGA